UGCGCAUGCCCGGGUCUGAAAAGUGCGUUUUAGAAUGAUUACCGGCGGAGGCAAGCGGAGAGACAGAUUAUACGGCUCCACACAACUGUUGUUUUAAUCCCCUGAGCGAGGAGAUUUAGACAGGAGAAAACACUGGCUUCGAACCCAGCAGCCAUAUUGUAUGGGAAAACGAAGAGAGGACUCCGAUUCUCAGAAAAAAAGUACUCUGGUCCAACCACCCUAACAAGACUUUUGAGGAGUUUACAUUUCGCCUUCAAGGCCACUGGCGGUGGGUUUCAUGUCGGACAGCUAGCUUCGUCAGCUGUCUGAGUAGAAGUGAGACCAAGGCGAGCUUUCUCAAACUAUUUAGGUCCAAUUACUUGCUUUCGAGGCGUUUAUUGAACACGCUGAAAUAUGAAGGACCGAUUGGAACAACUGAGAGCGACAUGCAAUCAGGAUGACGAUGAAGUGGAGAUUGCAAUGGACAAUGCGGCCUUUAUGGACGACUUCUUCUCCCAGAUUGAGGACAUCAGGAACAGCAUCGACAAAAUUGACGAGAAUGUGGCUGAGGUCAAAAAGCUGUUCUCUGUUAUUCUCUCUGCUCCAACAUCAGAUCAAAAAACACAAGAUGACUUGGAGGCUAUCACCAACGACAUCAAGAAAAUGGCAAACAACGCUAGAAACAAACUCAAGACCAUCGAGAGGAAUCUGGAGUCAGAAGAACAGGAGAGGGUGUCAGCAGACGUGCGGAUACGUAAAUCACAGCAUGCAGUGUUGUCUAGGAAGUUUGUGGAGGUUAUGACUAAGUAUAAUGAAGCUCAGGUGGACUUCAGGGAGAGGAGUAAAGGACGUAUUCAGAGACAGUUGGAGAUCACCGGGAAGGCGACGACGGAUGAAGAACUUGAGGAGAUGUUGGAGAGCGGCAAUGCUGCGGUGUUUACUGCAGGGAUUGUUGACUCUGGGAUUUCCAAACAAGCUUUGAGUGAGAUAGAAGCCCGCCACAAAGACAUUGUUCGUCUGGAAAGUAGCAUCAAGGAGCUGCACGACAUGUUUGUAGACAUCGCCAUGCUGGUGGAGAGCCAGGGUGACAUAGUAGACAACAUAGAGCAGAAUGUUUCCAAGUCAGUGGACCACAUCAUGGUUGCUCAAGAGCAGACCAAAAAGGCUCUAAGGUACCAGAGUAAAGCACGCAAGGGGGGGAUGAUUGACAGGAUUGAGAGCAACAUGGACCAAUCGGUGGGCUUUGUGGAGCGAGCAGUUGCGGACACUAAGAAAGCUGCAAAAUUUCAGCAAGAGGCCCGCCGCGUGAGUUACCACCGUGAAAAUCAGUGGUUCUGUUUCCCAAAAGCAUGGAAAUCAUUUUUUGUCAAUUUCUUUUGUCCAACUGUGACAUGGCGAUACCCGAACCUUUUCUGUAGUCGAGCGAUAAUGAUGAUGAAAUGAAAGUGGCCAUGUGGUACAGCGUAACAAUAAGGCUUGAGUUGCCAAUGCGGUCAAGCAUUUAGGAAAGUAUUCAGAACACUGUGUUAUUUGAAUUGAGACAAAAUGAAUACUGUGAUGAUAAAACAUUCACCUCAGUGCAUCCCAGUGAGAUCGAAUGCAAGAGCUAAAUCAAAAAUGCUGCCUUAAAAAUGAUUAUAAUGUUAGAUUUUAAUUGAUUCUGUGAUAGACGCAUUCAGUUUUUGUUGCAGUGUAUAAUUCCAUUACAAUACUUUUAACUAUAGUUGUGAUGGGCGAAAGUAGGAGUGGUCAGGAUAAUCGAAACAAAAAGACUAACUCACUCAACUCAGAGCCGCAUGUCAAUUACAAUUUACUAGUAACAAUCAAAGUUUAUUUGCAUUUUUUGCCCCUCGUGGUAAUGGAUCCUUAAUUAUAUGCAUUGCUUUGUAGUAUAAACUAAAUGCAGUCAUGACUGCUAUUCGCGAGGGAUAGAGAACUGGCUGGUCCGGUAAUAGUGAAGAUAUGCAUAAAAUUCAUGACCAUUGAAAUUCAUCAGGGGAAUUGUACUAAACAAAUAACCCGCACCAAAUUCCCACAGUCAAAUUGCAUAUGCUAAUCCGCGAGUGCCGAACUGCGAGUACACGUCAGUCCAUUUUAUAUCUGUUCAUAAGUGUCCCCUACGAAAACAUCCAGUCAGUACAAGAAAAGUGCAAAUAAGAUAAAUUCCUGUAAAGCAUGCUUUUGGGAAAUUGGUACCCAACCCCGGAGCCUCAGUGUAAUCCUGUCUCUUCCUUUGUGAUCCCGCACCCCCCCCAACUACAGCAAAACCAAACCACACUUAUCAACAACACAUGCAUACACAAACAUACUGUUUUCUACACUUUUGGUUCUUUCGCUCUUUGUUUGUGAGCUUGUGUGUUUCAAAAGUUUCUUUUGAACAGUCAAGGUAAGGCAGCAUUGGUGAGAAAAUGAGUUCAUUGCUUCAGUGAAAAUUUGUAAUUUGAAUGGUGACUUGGAUGACGAGUGAAAUGUAUUUGAUGUCUCUUACAAGCUCUGAUGGGUCUGUGUAGUUCUGUAAGAAAGCCGAGUGACAAACUCGGUUAAUCUUAUGGAACUGAUCCACUUCCUUCUGUUGACUCUAUUUUAUGAGCACACCAAUUAUUGUUGAUGCUUGCGUUUGUGUCAAAUCAUUAAUGCUGUAUUUUAUGAGCACACAACUAUCGUUGAUGCUUUGCGUUUGUGUCGAAUCAUUAAUGCUGUAUUUCCUCCAAUUGCAACAAAAGAAAUUAUUUGGAAAAGUUUUCAUUCAA